AUGAAGCUCCAGUUUCUCGUCACGACCGCAGCCGCUCUUCUCGUCGCUUUCCCGCUGCGCAUGAGCGAGUGCCGUGCUGUGGACAAACCUGACCGGCGAGUCUCCACCGCGCAGGACGAGGAGGAGAACCAGCGGCGAACGCGACCCAUCUGGGCCAGCCUGGGAGAGGAGUACUUCAUCCGCGUGGGCAACGGCAACCAGCGCGAGUCCGAGUCCGAAUCCGAAGCGCGUCUUGAACCGGCCCCGGCAGGGAUGUAUAAACGAGCUCUGCAGCUGAAACUGACCCAGCAGCUGCUCCGCGGUGGGGAAGACUUAGGAGAAGCCGCCCGGAGGCUCCGUGACGGCCAGGGGGAGAGAGCGCGGCGCGGGGAGGAGCCGCCCAUCUCCCUGGACCUGACCUUCCACCUGCUACGCGAAGUGCUGGAGAUGGCCCGGGCUGAACAGCUGGCACAGCAGGCGCACAGCAACCGAAAAAUGAUGGAGAUUUAUGGGUAAAAUUACUCACCCGACUUAAUGAAACUGUUUUAUUUUUACAUUUAGCACAAACCAUGAUAUCAUCCCGUGCCACAGUGCUGCUUCUCCAUAUUUAUACUGUAUUUAUUAGGCUAUUUAUUUGUUCUUUGGACACUGGCAUCUUUCCAUAAUUGCUGUGCAAGUGCUGAAUUGAAUCUGUAAAAUAAAAAAAAGAAUUCAUUCAAUUUCUUUGAAGAAAAGGAAAUAUUUUCAGAGUACUGUAUUUUAUCUUGACGAAGACUGUCCAGUCUCAUUGUACCUUAUACAAGACACUGUUUAAGUUUGUUAAUAAACUAAUGAGCAAACAGUACAUUUUCUGU